AUGUCUCCUGAGAAUGCUGUUAGUCAUGAUUUACCAUGGGAUUGUUUAACUGAAAGGCUUCGUCUCAUAGGACUUAUACCACAUGAUGUAGGUGGAUUUGGGGAUUGUUUCUUUAAAUCAGUUUCGCACCAACUGUAUAGGACUGCUGACUUGCAUCUUGAAAUUCGUAUGGCUGGAAUUGGCCAUUUACAGAGUUACCCAGAAUUGUAUAUUGAAAGCAUUUCUAAUGAUCACUGGAAUAACUAUAUUCAACAAAUGUCAAAACAAGGCACAUGGUGUGAUAACAUCAUAAUGCAAGCUGUGGUCAAUGCAUACAACUGUGUUAUUCAUAUCACACAGUCUAAUAUAAAUUCACCUGAAAGUACAAUCUUAACUCCUGUUGCUGAUCAGGAUGGACGAAAGACAAUAUUUAUUGGAUAUAUUAACGAGUUGCAUUAUGUUUCAACAUUGACUGACAAAAACAGUAGAUAUAAAAACAAACUCACAUGCAUAAAGAGAAAAUUAUCAGAAACCAAUGAAAACAGACAUGGUAGACUUCUUAAGCACAGAAAUUACAUGAAAAGAGUCAAAUAUACAGAAACAGCUAAUGAAAGGGCAAGCAGACUUGAAGAUAAGAGAGGCACUUAUAGAAAAACAAUGUCUGAAGAAACUGCUGAAAAACGAAAAAGAGACUUAAAAAUAAGAGAGACACUUAUAGAAAAAGAGUGUCUGAAGAAACUGUUGAAAAAAAAAAGAGAGACUAAAAGUUACAAAGACUCUUAUAGAAAAAGAACGUCUGAAGAAACUGUUGAAAAGCGAAAAGAGAGACUUGCAAAUAGGAGAGCCAGUUAUAAA